CACGGAAACAGCCGAAGAUGUCGGCUUGGUCAUGUGAUCAGCUGUGUCCAAUCACAGCUGAUCACUGAUCAUCAGGGCACUGAUGAUCAGUGUGCCCUGAUGAUCAGUGUAGCCCCAGCAGUGCCACCUGUCAGUGUCCAUCAGUGCCACAUCAAUGCCACAUAUCAGUGCAUACCAGUGCACAUCAAUGCCACAUAUCAGUGCCCAUCUGAGCUGCCUUUCAGGGUCACCCAUCAGUGCCAGUCAGUGCCACCUAUCAGUGCUGCCAAUCAGUGCCACCUGUCAGUGCCGCCUAUCAGUGCCAGUCAGUGCUGCCUACCAGUGCCUGUCAGU